GCAGCAUUGUCAAUAUAAUGGACCCCGCCUCUGUCCAUUUCCCGCCGCCACCACCGCCGCCGCCGCCGCCGCCGCCGCUGCCUCCGCUUCCCCCUCGCUCCGCAGCGGCCGCGCCAGCACCAGAGGCGCCGCUCCCGCACGACAUCCACCAUCACGGCCACCACCCGCAACCGUCGCAUCUCUUCCGCCUUCCCACCCUGCCGUCCCACCCCGGCCUCGACCUGACCACGCUCGACGCCCCCGAUCCCACCCUCUUCCAACACCAUCUCCAGCGCCUGCACAAUGUACCCACCGUCCCCGUCGUCCAGGACGAUUACGUCUCUCACGCCCAAGACGGCUUCGAUCGCGAAUCCAACUCGGCUCAUAUGCUCCAACAUGUCCACAACCAAUCGCCCACCGAGCUCCGGCACACCCCUCACCAACGCCACGCAGCUCUUCCGCCUCCGUCUUCGCAGUCUACGCCACCGGCACACGGCCAAUUUGGUAUCCUAACGCAGAGCGCCAUACCCCAGGCGGGGGUCAUACCCCAGCUUCAGCAAGAGCAGGAUGUGUUCGCCCGUCAGGCCGCGCAAGCUGCUUCCGCCGCUGCCGAGACCUCUGAGCAGCGGCCGCAUGGCCAAUUGGUUAACAGGAUAGUCGUCGACCCCCCCGAUCUCCAGGUCUGGCGCGAGAAGCUGUUCAAUGUCGACGACACCAUCACCUUGACCAAUGACCAAUUCGAGACUUACUUCCCCCACAUCGAUAAUGUCUACUCACAUCGCUCGACGCAGAAGUACAAGCGCAAGCCUUUCAUCUCGCACUACUGGGACUGCCGGAUGAAGGGACGGCCGCCGGGAACGCCCAAAUCGGACGACCCCUCCAAGAAGAAGCGCAAACGCCAGGCGCGCGAGAGGGACCUAUGCGACGUCAAGAUAAAGAUCACCGAGUACUUCCCAGGUGCGACCAUCGCCCAAGGCGACGGCGAAGCGAGCCACAACCUCUCCCAGCCGAGCACCUUCCCACCCUCGCAACCGCCCCUCUUCCACGACGGACUGCCGCAGCCUGCAGACGUUCGCCUUAACGGGGAAAAAUUCUGGACGAUCCAAAGAGUGAAUGGCAAUGGAGGGAACGGGAAGGGCGAUGGCGUCGCCGGUCCUCACAAGCAUAGCCUAGAGAAGAGCGACGAGAUCAAGAAAUCUACCGUGCAGAGGUAUAUCGCCGCGCAAGAGAAGGAAGCCAAGAAGACACAGACUCAGAGGCCUUUACAGAGGAAAAUUUCCGGCUCCGCGUCCGCAACGGCAAAACGGCACGCCAAGGAACAUGAGCUCAAGCUCUACGCCGCCUGUUUCUGCCCCUUUUCCCAACGAGUAUGGAUCGCACUGGAAGCGAAGGGCAUGCAGUACCAAUACUGCGAAACGGACCCAUUCAAACGACCUACGCAACUCCUCGAGGCGAAUCCUCGGGGGCUGGUCCCGGCCAUCCGCGAAGGGGAUUGGGCGAGCGGCGAGAGCACCAUCAUCCUGGAAUAUCUCGAAGACCAUGACCGAACUGUGCCCUUGUUCCCUACAGAUCCGAGGCUGAAGGCGAAUUGCAGGCUAUGGAUAGACCAUAUCAACGCAAAGAUCGUGCCAGCGUUCUUCGCCCUAGCGAGAGCGACGGACUUCGCGAAGCAGGCCGAGUGCACGGAUAGGCUUCAAAGCGAGAUCGAGGCGCUGGUCCAAGCCGCCGACGAACGAGGCCCAUACUUUCUCGGGGGAGACCUAUGCCUCGUGGAUAUCCACUUCGCACCCUUCGUUCUGCGGCUGUCGCGUAUACUGCGGGAGCUGCGCAACUGGCGUGACCCCAUGCCGGGGUCGCGCUGGCAGCAAUGGGCCGCCGCCCUUGAGCAGAACAUCCACGUCCAGGCCACGACCAGUCAGGACGAGCUCUACGUCGAAACGUUGGAUCUCUUCUUGAACAGCCGCCAGCCUUACGGUGACCCUCUAGCACGUUGACGCGUACGGGCUCUAGUAGAUGAUACUUACCGGCGGACACCCUCCGUCUCCUUCACUACUUAUUUUUUUUCCUACUACAUAAUUAGUUGAAACCACGAAUACGUAUAGACGAGAGUUUGGGGGAGGGGGAGAAAGCGUUUGCAUACAAUAUUAUUCCCGUUUAUUAUUUACAUUUAUUAUAUAUACAUACACGUACCUUCAUAUCUAUAAUAGGACCAGCAAAUUUUUGAUACGGGCCGGGCAUCCCUUCCUCCCCUCCCUCCCAGUGGCAGUUUAACCCGGAAAUAGGAGGCGGAAAGUGCGGGAGGGUGGUUUGGGGGAAUUUCGCAAAUCAACACGGAAAUUCUCUCGAGUUCUGGUUUCCAGUGCUCAUGGCUGUAAUACUAGCGAAAGAAGGAUAAUCAUACUGCUCGCACAUAUAUAUAUAUACACAUAAAUAUAUAUAUGUGUGUGUGUGUGUGUGUGUGUGUGUGUGUGU